GAAGAAUAGAAAAACCUGCUUCGGCAUAAGGAGCUUGACUCCAGGAGAUGAACUGUAAGGCGAUGUCAUCAUAUCUAAAAUGAAGAGAUGGAUAUUGGGAAAAGUUGCUUCAGAAAAGCAAGAAGUUGAAUAGAUCGAUAUUCAGAAAAAAAAAAGCAAGGAGAUGAACCGACAGAUACAUAAGUAAGGGAACAAAAGGCCAUUUGCAACUUCAUCCAUGUGUUCCUUCUUAGCUUAGAGUAGCAUUGAAGACUAUAUAUAGUUACGAAAGUUGAAAGAUUUUCAAGAAUCAUCAUCUUCAAGAACAUGGGGAUCAGCAAUAAUGUCUCCAAUCUCCUCCUCCUCCUCUUCAUCAUCGCCGCCAGAACACUCUGCACCACCGCCGCCCACGCCGCCCACCGCCGUUCACUGCAAGCGGUUAAUGAGGAGAAGGGCGGGGUGAAAGUUGUGACGACGGCGGUUGUUGUGUCGGCUGUGGUGGCCACUUCAGCUUUUUGCGCCGUCGGCCUCUAUUGCAGAUGCCUAAAAAGGUUCAAGAAACCGAAGAAAAACAAGAGUGGGGUAAAAGAGAGUGAUCAAGAAACAGAUAAUGAUGAAAUAAAUAUAGCCGUUGAAGAAGAAGAAGAAGAAGAAGAAAAAGAUUCACUAUCGUCGGACGAAGAAUCUUUCCAUUCCGCUUGCAACGAGAUCGCCGCAGAGGUUACCACCCACGCGCCGCCGCCGCCGCCGCCGCCGAUCCGGAAGCCAGAAGAGCAGUUAAUGCGGCCGAAAGGGCCUCCUCCUCCUCCGCCACCGUCAAAACCUUACAAAACGACGCCGUGUUUGGGGAAGGAUGGGAGCUCGCUGCCGAGACUGAAACCUCUGCGUUGGGAGAAAGUCAGAGCUGCUCGGAAUAUUUCGACUGUGUGGGACCACCUCAAACCAAGUUCCUUCGAAUUUGACGAGGAAAUGGUGGAGUCAUUGUUCUGUUACAACCAGCAAAACUCCAUGAAUGAUAUUGACGCCAGAAACAAAGCUUCGUCAUGCCCAACAACUAAUAAUAAGCACCUUCUCGAGCCCAAGAGAUUGCAGAAUAUAACCAUACUUUCUAAGGCUUUGAAUUUGACUCCAGACCAAGUUUGUGAUGCGCUACUAAAAGGAAAAGGAUUGGUUUUGAGAGAAUUAGAAGCAUUGGCAAAAAUGGCACCAAAUAAGGAAGAAGAAUCCAAACUUUGGAGUUACAAGGGAAACAUACAUGAGUUAGGAUCAGCAGAGAAGUUUGUAAAAACAAUAUUGUUGGAAGUGCCCUUUGCUUUCCGAAGAGUUGAAGCCAUGCUUUAUCAAGAAACAUUUGGGGAUGAAGUUCUUCAUCUCACAAAAUCUUUCUCAACCAUAGAGGAGGCAUGCAAGGAGCUAAGAUCAAGUAGACUGUUUGUGAAGCUACUCCAAGCGGUGCUAAAGACCGGAAACCGAAUGAACGCCGGAACGACACGUGGCGGGGCCACCUCUUUCAACCUCGACGCCCUCCUUAAGCUGCCGGACAUCAAGGCCGCCGACGGCAAAACCUCACUCCUCCAUUUCAUAGUCCAACAAAUCAUCCGAUCCGAAGGCCUCGAUCUCUCCCACAGCAUAGUAGGCAAGAUCCAGCACCCAUUCGGGGAAUACGACUACCACCGAAUGGGCCUGGAUCUCGUCUCCGGGCUGGGCCUGGAGCUCUGCCACGUCAAGAAGGCCGCCACAGUGGACUUGGAGUCGUUGUGUCAGUCCCUCUCCCAUCUUUCUAGAGGAAUGAGUGACAUUAAGAAGCUAUUGCAGGAGGACUUGGCGGGCCCAGACCCAAACAAGGAAGACAUUUUGGAGACAGGAAAUGACAGUUACUUGAAGAAUGUGCCUGAUGAGAAUUACUACUUUGCGCAAACGAUGGGAGCGUUCUUGAAGACCGGGGAGAGGAGGUUGAAGGAUUUGAAGGAAGAGGAAGAGAGGGUUUUGGGGAGGGUGAAGGAGAUUAGGGAGUACUUCCAUGGAGAUGAUGUGGCUGGGGGAGAUGAACAUAAUAAGAACCCGCUGAGAAUUUUUGUGAUUGUAAGAGAUUUCUUGGGCAUGUUGGAUCAUGUUUGCAAUAUGCAGCACGUAUGUGGUGUUACGAUCCUUGCAUUCGCGGAGUACCUCUUGGCUGGUUCGCCACUACUUCCUGACUGCACCUACGAUUAUGUCGACGACUUCCGUAGGCAAUAUGCAGCACGUAUCUUUCGAAUGACAGUGGCCUAAAGCUUGUGCAAUAUAUGUUCUUUAAUUAACGCACAACUUUGACAGAUUAUCCCUCUAGCUAAUAUAUGCAAGGCAUUUUU